UUUUUUUUGAUAAUAAACGUCAAAUCAAUGGCAGCAGCAAGUGUUGUACAAAGCUGGACAACGGAAGAACCGCAGCAAUCAUCUAGGAUAUCAUCUAGUCGUGUUUCAUUUCUACAUGGAUAUUCAUAUUAUAACAAAACAGAUUAUAAUAAUGAGCAAUAUUCAUUUUCUCGUAAUAGAAGUGCAGGAAUUCAUAGCAGAUCAAAAGAUCGUUAUAUGGUUCGUUCAUUACCUAGAAUUGAUCCUCGUUCAGCGUCAGCAAUAAAUAUGAAUAAUAUAUAUAUACAACAUCAUCGUCCUUAUGCGUCAGUGAUUUCUCCGGGAUAUCUUCGUCAAGAACUUAAACGCUCUAUUCAUUCAAGAGAAUAUCCUCUUUUAUCUCCUCGUUCUUUACAUCAAGUUCACCGACGACCGUCAGAAAAGCAUGUUUUAGAUAAACAUUCGAGAAUUUCAACCAAUAAUAGGAGUAAUGGAUAUCUAUUUCCUAAUCCGACUACAUCGUCAGUUUAUAAUAUUAAUUCUCAUGUUUCUAAUACACCUUUUCAAACAGAGAAUACACGAAUUCUUCAUUAUAAAACAACAUCAAAACCAUCUACAAAUGUGGAGACAGAUGUUUCUAUUUCAUUAGCUAAUGAUAACAAAAACGCCGAAUCUCGCCUAUUUAUUGAGGAAAUAGAGCCCAAUGUUAAUAAUGAGAUUUCUAAAAUAAAAAAUAUAGAAAUCGAAGCAAUACCAGAACUGGAGGAAGGCACAUUUAUUUCUAAUACAGAACAAAACAUAAUCCAGAAUGAUCAUUCCUCAAACCCUAAAUUGUUUGUACCUUUUGAAAAAACAAAGUCCUUUAAGUCAAAAAUUUUGAAAGUAUUAUCUUUUACAUCGUUAUCAUCAUUAGAGACAAUUAACACAAAUAAUGUACAUCAUACAAAAAAUCAUGCAUAUUCACAAAAUAUAUCGAAUGAUGCUGCUCAAAUAGGCAACAUUGCCACUAACUCUGAAAUAUAUUCCUUUACGAAGAAAUUAACAUCACCAGAUAACAUUUCAAUCACAUCAACAGCAUCAUCUGCAAGUUUCAUAUUAAGGAAAAUAAGUAAAGAGGGAAAGGGAAUGCUUAAAAAAUCAAAAAAAACUCUCUCAAAUAUUUUUAGAGGUAGUUUACAUUUUGAAGACUCUAAAAUUGCAAUGUCCAAAGAAUAUAAGAAAAGUAUGAUUGAAGAAAUAAGUAAGACUAACUUAGGAACAAAAAAUUCAAUGGAUUCCUUUCAUAAUGGUUUAGAAAACUCUAAAAGCAUAGAAAAGGACGAAGAUAAUUUAUUAAAACUUAACAAUCAUAUACAAGAACAAAAGAAAGAUAUAUAUAUAGAGAAGGAUACAUCAACUUCUCAAUCAACAUGUGAAAAUACUUCUAUGAGCAUAACGACAAUCAAUGAUCCAGCUAAAGAAAGCAAGAACAAUCAAUCUACAUGUUUCAAACCUUGCCCUCCUAUGAAAAAAGGAAUCCUUAAAUAUGCAGAUUGGUCAUCAACGAUAUCUAAUCUUAAACCGUCACAUUCACUAACUGAUAUUCCAAUUCAAUUUGCACCUCCCAUUCCUCUUGAAUUGGUUACGUUUGAUGAUGUUCCCAAUACGUUAUCAUCAGCAGAAACAUCUAUCACUAAAAAUACGAAAUCUCUUAGUUUUUCUCCUAAAAUAACAAUUUAUGAUACAUGGCCUUCAUUCGAAUAUGAUAGAAGGGGAGAAAUUGCAACGUGUAAUCGACUAACACCUAUUUUGGCACAACGUAUUAAAGAAGAACUCAAUACAUACAAGCUUGAUGAAAUGAUUGUACAUGAACAAAGCCGAAGAUUUACUCAUUUUUUCAAUUAAUAAUUUGCAUUUGGUUUAUAGCAUCUAGUUUAAAAUGAGAUACCAAAACA